UUCAUACCUCGAUUAAUUGAAGACGAACUAAAAUAAAUCAGCAACCGAACAAGAGGCUGGUGACGAUGGGCUGCUUUGGCGAUCGAGGAGUCGGCACAGAGGAGCAGCGGCUUUCUGGCGCUCAGUUUUUCCAGCAAAGCUCCGACGAAGACUUAGAGCCACUACCUACGGCCAUGACUCGAAGUCUACCCUAUGACCUCAGAACCACUACCUAUGGCCAUGAUUCUGGUCAACCCGGUACCUACGGCGCCGGUUUGGUGGAACCUCCAAUCCUACGGAUCAGAUCCCAGAUUCCAUGUCUGUUCUUCACCCCCGUUUUGCUGCUCUUGUUUCUGCUGCUGCUACAAAGGGCUAAACAUGAUGGUGGGAAGGGUUUGCAACAUGGAAUAAUCCAUCAUCUAUACACCCAGAAAGAGCUCCAAACAAUACACUCUUUAGGGAUAGUCUUGGCUACCAAACCUCAAUCGUGCGAAAGACAAUGCCUUAUCGAAGUCCCUCGUCUCCUCCGUCGGUGGAUAACUCCAAAUGAACCUCUGGAUAAGCAUGUAAUCCUUACACUUGGAGCCCUUCACCAAGUUGAUUCAGCUGCACUUCGGGCUGCAGCUAAUGCAUGGAACGACAAGUUUGCACCUUUACCAAAACCCUUGCUGGUGGUCAACGUAGGAGGCCCUUCAAGUAACCUUCAUUCCAUCACUCAGUCUUGUGAUGGAGCUAAGGAUUCCACAACUGAAAAAGCAUGGCAAGUAAAUCAAGAUGAAAACCCUAAUGACUUGCAAGUAAGAGAUAGUGAGGAUACUGUCCCGGGAAUAUUAUAUGACUUGCUAUAGAAGGAGGUGGUUUCUAUGAGAAAAGCUUGUCAUGAAAAGGAUCAAAGUCUAAAAGAAAAGGACGAUGCAAUCGAGAUGUUAGCUAAGAAAGUAGAGACACCAACAAAAGCUAUGGAAGUUG